AUGGUUAGUCAGGCAGCCAUGCGAGGCCAGCGUGUGGCGGAGAACGUGUGCCGGUGCUGGAACCCGGCCGUCUGGCUCCUGGUGUCCCUGCUGGGGUCCCUGUUCCUGGUGGCCGUCAGCGUGCUGCUGAGACUCGGAGAUCUGAAAAUCACCAAACGGGCAGUACAACGAGCAGAAUAGAGAAAUCUUGACAGAAAAUCCUUUUGGCUCUCCGAAGUACAACUAGUGAAUGGACGCAACAGGUGUGAGGGCAGAGUGGAGGUGAGCUACAAUAAGUCCCGGGGCACGGUGUGCGACGACGACUGGGACAUGGUGGAUGCCAACGUGGUGUGUCGGCAGAUGGGCUGCGGGGUGGCCGUGGCCGUGGGCAGCAGCUCUCAGUUCGGACAGGGCACCGGCCUCAUCGUCCUGGACAACGUGGACUGCAGGGGGAACGAAAGCGACCUCAGCCAGUGCCACAGCCUGGGCUGGGGGAUCCACAACUGUUACCACUACGAGGACGUGGGCGUUACCUGCAAAGAACCACUCGGGUCGGGCUCCAGAGGGACCGAGGAUCAAACCACACCACCAGGGGAGAACUCCGGGUUACGAGACGGCACCAUCCGCCUGGUGGAGGGGCAGAACGCCUGCGAGGGCCGGGUGGAGAUCUACUUCCAGGGGAAGUGGGGGACGGUGUGCGAUGACGAGUGGAGUCUGAACAACGCCCAGGUGGUCUGCCAGCAGCUCGGCUGUGGCGACGCCGAGGACGCGCUCACCAACUCCUUCUUCGGCUACGGCACGGGCAUGAUCCUUCUGGACAACGUGCACUGCCGCGGCACCGAGCAGGAGCUGAGCAGGUGCAAGAGCCUGGGCUGGGGCAAACACAACUGCGGCCACCAUGAGGACGCGGGGGUCAGCUGCACAGGAUCCACCACACUCCCACCUGCAACCACACAAACCAAGAGAGACCUCAGGGAAACAGAGAACACACAAGCAACAAAGGAAAUUACAGACACCGAUUCUCCAAGUACAACUGUAGCCACCACACCUGCUCUGACAAGAGCGUUAAAACACUCCGUCCGGGUGGUGGAUGGAAACAAUAGCUGCCAGGGCCGGGUGGAGGUCUACUACAAGAACACCUGGGGCACGGUGUGUGACGACGACUGGGGGAUGGCCAACGCCAACGUGGUGUGCAGACAGCUCGGCUGCGGCCCCGCCACCGAAGUCAAGCACAAGGCCCACUUCGGCUACGGCCUGGGUCCCAUCCUGCUGGACAACGUGGGCUGCAGCGGCUACGAGGAGGAGCUGUCCCAGUGCUUCCACCUGGGCUGGGGUCAACACAACUGUGGCCACCACGAGGACGCCGGAGUCAUCUGUGCACCCUUUGACGUCCAGCGAGACUUCAGAGUAACAGAAAAGACGCCGGCCACCACCGCCAGCCCCACCACCACACCACCCUCUGAAGGAGAGAUGAGGCUGGUGGGCGGCCAGCACUGGUGCGAGGGCCGCGUGGAGAUCUACUCCCACUCCGGAUGGGGCACGGUGUGCGACGACGCCUGGGACCUGCCGGACGCGCAGGUGGUGUGCCGCCAGAUGGGCUGCGGGGAGGCGGCGGCCGCCUACGGGGAGGCCCACUUCGGACCCGGCGUGGGAACCAUCCUGCUGGACAAUCUGAAGUGCGACGGCGAGGAGGACUCCCUGCUGGACUGCUCCCAUAUAUCCUGGGACGUGCACAACUGCGACCACUCGGAGGACGCCGGCGUGGCCUGCUCGCUGUCAUGAUUCCCGCGUGACGCUCCUGCCUCCACCCGGGGCGGGAGGUGGGCGUGCCCACCCAGGACUUGUGUACAUUAUGUAAAUAACAGCUGUCACAAUGCUGAAGGAUACUCCUCCAUCAACAUAUACAACCACUAAUAUGACACUAUACGAUUACAUACUGUAACUAUCUAUGCCUAUUAAGCACUUUAUAAAUAUAUGAUAUAAAAUACAAUGUACACA